AUGUUCGAUUCGUUCUCGCGCGGUCGCUAUGCGACGGACGCAUCGAUUUAUCAGAUGAUGCCGGUGGGCGUGCUGACACCCAGAUCAGAAGACGACAUUCUCGCGGCGAUUGACUGCGCGCGCGAUCAAGGCGUGCCGAUCCUUCCCCGCGGCGGCGGCACAUCACAGUGUGGACAGACCGUCAACGAAGCGCUGGUUUUGGACAACUCCGAGCAUUUCAACGAAAUUCUCGAACUUGACGUCGCAAACAAACGCUGUGUCGUGCGCCCGGGCAUCGUGCUCGAUGAACUGAAUCGGGUGCUCAAACCGCAUGGGCUUUGGUUCCCGGUCGAUGUCUCCACAGCGUCGCGCGCAACAAUUGGCGGGAUGACGGGAAACAACUCCUGCGGUGGGAAAUCCAUCCGGUACGGCAUGAUGCGGGACAAUGUCCUGUCGAUCGACGCGAUCCUGGCCGAUGGCAGCAAACACAGGUUUGGGGCGGGUCUUACCGAGCAGAACACGGCUUACAACACGCUUUCCCACGAUCUUGCGGCGAUCGGCCAGAGGGAAUCGGCUGAGAUCGCUGCCCGGUUCCCCAAUGUGAUGCGCCGCGUGGGUGGCUACAACAUCGACGCGCUGACCUCUGGACUGGACGCCCAGAACCUCGCUCAUCUUCUUGUUGGCUCGGAAGGCACGCUUGCCUACACAACCGCGAUCGAGCUGAAACUCUCCCCGCUUCAGGAUGGCAAAGCCCUGGGUGUGUGUCACUUCCCGACCUUCCAUCAGGCAAUGGACGCGGCGCAGCAUCUGGUGACACUUGAUCCCGAGGGCGUUGAGUUGGUCGAUCAUACGAUGAUCGCGCUGGCUCGCGACAUUCCGCUUUUUGCCAGGACAAUCGAAAAUUUUGUGACCGGCACGCCAGAGGCUUUGCUGCUGGUGGAAUUCACGCGAGCCAACGGGGUGCAAAAGUUAAAAGAUCUCGAGCAGAUGAUGGGCGAUCUCGGGUUUUCCUGGACCGGGACCGGCAAGGCCUGGGGCGGUGUCACCGCGGUGACGGAUGCAGGCCUGCAGGGACAGAUCGCUGAACUGCGCAAAUCUGGCCUCAACAUAAUGAUGUCCAUGAAGACCGCGGGAAAGCCCGUAUCGUUUGUAGAGGAUUGCGCGGUUGAACUGCCUGACCUUGCCGCCUACACGGCUGGGCUCACGGAGAUUUUUGAACGCCACGGCACCACAGGUACAUGGUACGCACAUGCGUCGGUCGGAUGUCUGCACGUGCGCCCGGUGUUGAACCUGAAGCUGGACAAUGACGUCGCCACAAUGCGCGCGAUUGCCGAAGAGUGUUUUGAUCUUGUUGCCCGCUACAAGGGGUCGCAUUCAGGUGAGCAUGGUGACGGCAUCGUCCGCUCGGAAUUUCAUGAAAAGAUGUUUGGCUCUCGGAUGGUCGCAACCUUUGAGGAGGUGAAAGACCGUUUCGAUCCGACCGGCUUGUUCAAUCCCGGCAAGAUCGUCAAUGCGCCAAAGAUGGAUGACCGUCGCCUGUUUCGCUAUGGACCGGAAUACCGGGCCUCGCACCUGAAAACCGAACUGGAUUGGUCCGAGUGGUCCGGCAAAGAUGGCGGAUUUCAGGGUGCGGUUGAAAUGUGCAACAACAACGGCGCCUGCCGCAAACUGAGAGGCGGCGUCAUGUGCCCCUCGUUUCGAGUGACGCGCAAAGAAAAGGACCUGACCCGCGGCCGCGCCAACACCCUCCGCCUUGCGAUUUCCGGGCAGCUUGGGCCCGACGCGCUGGUAUCCGACGAGAUGGCAGAUGCGAUGAAGCUUUGUGUGUCCUGCAAGGGCUGCAAGCGCGAGUGCCCGACCGGCGUGGAUAUGGCGCGGAUGAAGAUUGAGGUGCUGUCUGCGCGCGCCAAAAAGCAUGGCUCCAGCCUUCAUGAUCGCCUCAUCGGCUAUUUGCCGCGAUAUGCGCCCUGGGCGGCAAAAAUGCCUUUUCUCUUGAACCUGCGGGACAAGGUACCGGGUUUGGCCAUGGCAACCGAACGCCUGACGGGUUUCACAGCAAAACGCCCCUUGCCCAGAUGGGCCGCGAAGCCGUUCAAGGAUACCGAGGUCAGCGCGACCUCCGCACCGGACGCGGUUCUGUUCGUCGACAGUUUCAACCGCUAUUUCGAGCCCGAAAACCUGCGCGCGGCAGUCAGAGUUCUGAACGCCACGGGCAGUGUGGUUGAUGUGGUAAAACCUACCGGCAAUAGCCGUCCAUUGUGUUGUGGUCGCACGUUUCUGUCGGUCGGAUUGGUUGAUCAGGCACGGCAAGAGGCAAAACGGCUUAUCGAUGCCCUGAUGCCUUAUGCGGAACUUGACAUUCCCAUUGUCGGGCUGGAACCAAGCUGCCUGUUGACCCUUCGCGACGAGAUACCUGCGCUUUUACCUGGCGAAGAUAGCGAAAAGAUCGCUAAACUGGCACGGAUGUUCGAGGAAUUCAUUGCCGAUCAGGGGGACAAUCCGCACUUCAUCUCGCGCCUUGAAUCUCCGGCGCCCGAGGUGAUACUGCACGGGCACUGCCAUCAGAAAGCAAUGGGAGUUAUGCCCGCAAUCGAAAAAAUGCUGGCACUGUUGCCGGGCACCAAUGUAACCAAGAUCGACAGCAGUUGCUGUGGUAUGGCCGGUGCAUUCGGCUAUGGUGUGGACACAUAUGACACGUCGAUAAAGAUGGCCGAACUGGACGUUCUUCCCGCUGCGCGCGCCGCAUCUGGCGAUGCAAUUGUCGUGGCAGAUGGCACGUCCUGUCGCCACCAAAUAGCGGACAACACCGAUUGCAAUCCGAUGCACAUGGCCCAACUUCUCGACUUGGCACUGAAACCGGACAACACGGCAUUGAAGGUCUUGGCCGCGGAAGGUUUGGUCCGAUUGGAACCAAAUCGCGGCGCAUGGGUCACCUUGAUCACCAUAGAAGAGGUUGAAGAGGUCUUUCCGGUGCUUGCCGUUCUUGAGGGCCUGUCGGGUGAACUGGCCUGCGCAAAGAUCACUGACGAGGAAAUAGCCGGGAUCCGCUCGCUUCACGACGCAAUGAUAAAGAGCUAUCGCGACAGGGACCUGGCCACGUAUUUCAAACUUAACCAAGACAUCCAUCUUGGCAUCCUUACUGCUGCAAGAAACGAAACCCUGGCCAACUCCAGCAUGGCAUUGUCAGCACGUAUGCAGCGCGCACGAUAUGCGGCCAACAUGUCUGACGAGCGCUGGAGCGAAGCCGUGGACGAACACAAUGAAAUCAUGAGAGCGCUGGAAGCGCGCGACGGCAAGAUGCUGGCAUCAAUCCUGAGUGUUCACAUGAAAAACAAGCAAAAUUCAGUGCUGCGCUGGUUGAAGAACGCGGCCGACCAUGAAGCCGACUAG